AUGGUAGAUAUAGAUGAGUUUUCAGUUCAUGAGCUCGAUGCAAUCAUGAAGGGUUUUAGAUAUGGGGUUCCUCCUGUUAUAUACUACCAUUUUCUUGUGCCUGGUGGAGACUUCCACUUUGGUCUUCACCCUUUAGGAAAUGAUCAAGAUGUUGCAAACUUUUCUCAAUAUGUCAGUGAGCACAAAGUGAUGAAUGUAUACACAGAACAUGGUGAAACAAGACUACUCACCUAUUUCUUGAAUCCUAAGCCUGUUACCAAGGUUACCCUUGUACAGUUAGAUGAACCACAUGAGGAUGUGCAACACAUUGAUGAAGCUCCUGAUGACCAAUCAAAGGAAACACCUAUGAUGACUACACCUACUGAUAAUUUAGUUGAUGUGGUGCCCACUCAAGCAAACCAACCUGAAAUCCAAGUCAAUGAAGUAGUUCAAGUCGUAUCCUUGUCACCUGGAUAUAAUAGGAGAAGGGUUAUGAGCAAGGAUGGAGUGAUGGCAUCUUGCAAGCAGUUGGUACAUUAA